AUGAUCUUUGCAAUUGAGGAGAUAAAUAACCGCACGGAGCUGCUGCCGGGCAUCAAACUCGGAUAUCAGAUCUAUGAUUCGUGCGUCGCGGUGCCUGUGUCAGUGCACGUGGCGUUUCAGCUCUCCAACGGCCAGGACCCGGUGUUCAACAAAGAGGCCACCUGUUCACGAUCCGGAGUGACAGCUGUGGUUGGAGACUCUGGAUCCACUCCAUCCAUCAGCAUUUCCCACAUCUUCCGUUCCUUCAGCAUUCCGUUGGUGAGUCCAUUUGCCACCUGUGCCUGUCUGUCAGAUAAGCAGCAGCAUCCGACGUUUUUCAGAACCAUUCCCAGUGACCAGUUCCAAGCUGACGCGCUGGCCAAACUGGUGAAACACUUCGGCUGGACUUGGAUUGGCGCGGUGCGCUCCGACUCGGAUUAUGGAAAUUAUGGCAUGGCGUCCUUUCUCGACGCGGCGCUCAGAGAGGGGAUCUGCGUGGAGUACUCUGAAGCCUUCUACCGGACCGACCCGCCGAGCAAGAUCCAAAGACUUGCUGAUGUGAUCCGAAGCUCCACUGCCGCUGUCGUCGUGGCGUUCGCCUCUUCUGGAGAUAUGAAGUUCCUCUUGGAGGAGCUGGCUCGGGACCCGCCUCCACCUCGUCAGUGGAUCGGAAGUGAAGGCUGGGUCGGUGACCCGUACUUGCUCAGUUUCAGCUUCUGUGCGGGCACCAUCGGAGUUGCCAUUCAGCAAUCCGUCACCCCCGGGCUGAGAGACUUCCUCCUGGAUCUCUCUCCCUCAGACGUGGCCUCUUCCUCCGCGCUGACCGAGUUCUGGGAGGAGGCGUUCAACUGCAGUCUGACACCAAAUUCUGAUCUGAGCAAAAAAAUGUGUGAUGGAACUGAAGAUAUUAAAGCCCUCCGAAGCCCGUACACUGAAACGUCUCAGUUAAGAAUUAAUAACAUGGUGUACAAGGCUGUUUAUGCAAUAGCUCAUGCCAUUCACAGUGCAGUGUGUGAGGAAACAAACGGCUACACUCAGUGUGACAAACGCAUCAUUUUAAAGCCCAACGAGGUUUAUGCUGAACUAAGGAAAGUCAACUUUUCCCAAAAUGGUUAUCAUGUGUCAUUUGAUGUUAAUGGAGAUCCAAUGGCUUUUUAUGAGCUGGUGAACUGGCAGAAGAGUGAGAGUGGAGUGCUUGAACCGGUAACAGUGGGAUAUUAUGACGCAUCGCUGCCGGUGGGUCAGCAGUUCCGUAUCAAUGGAAACUUAACCUGGGUGGAGGGUGACACACAAGUUCCAGUCUCAGUUUGCUCAGAGAGUUGUCCUCCAGGAACUCGUAAAGUGUUGCAGAAAGGAAAACCAAUCUGCUGCUACGACUGUAUAUCAUGUCCUGAAGGAGAGAUCAGUAAUAUGACAGAUGCUCCAGAUUGCUUCCUGUGUCCCAGGGAGUUCUGGCCUAAUGCAGAGAAGAACAAUUGCUAUCCCAAACCUGUGGAAUUUCUUUCCUUCGAUGAAAUCCUGUCAAUCAUCCUGGCUGGAUUCUCUGUUGGUGGAGCCUUUCUGGCCAUUAUUACAGGAAUGCUUUUCUUCCAUCACAGAACAACUCCGAUUGUCAGAGCCAACAAUUCAGAGCUGAGCUUCCUGCUGCUCUUCUCUCUGACUCUGUGUUUCUUAUGUUCACUAACUUUCAUUGGAGCCCCCUCUGAGUGGUCCUGCAUGCUGCGGCACACAGCGUUUGGCAUCACAUUUGUUCUCUGUAUCUCCUGUGUUCUUGGGAAAACNAUAGUGGUUCUAAUGGCCUUUAAAGCUACACUUCCUGGUAACAAUGUCAUGAAAUGGUUUGGACCUGUACAACAAAGAAUGACUGUAGUGUCUGUAACUUUUAUCCAAGUUUUAAUAUGCAUCAUAUGGUUGGUUGUGAGUCCUCCCUUCCCAGUGAAAAAUCUGACCACCUACAAGGAGAAGAUCAUCCUGGAAUGUGCGUUAGGCUCUGCUGUUGGUUUCUGGGCUGUGCUCGGCUACAUCGGCCUGCUGGCUGUGUUUUGCUUUGUGUUAGCUGUUCUAGCUCGGAAACUACCUGAUAAUUUCAACGAAGCCAAGAUGAUAACCUUCAGCAUGUUGAUAUUCUGUGCCGUCUGGAUCACCUUCAUCCCAGCUUAUGUCAGCUCUCCUGGAAAAUUUACUGUGGCUGUGGAGAUAUUUGCUAUUCUGGCCUCCAGUUUUGGACUGAUACUGUGUAUAUUUGCUCCAAAGUGUUUCAUCAUUUUGUUUCAACCAGAGAAGAACACUAAGAAAAUAUUUGAAAAACAACUGAUGAUAAAUUAUCGAAAGAAUGGCAGCAGAAUUACAGAUGAAGUGUAUUAUCAAUUGAAAUCUUAAACACUCCAAACUUCUUGCAGGUAUUUUAGAAAUUUUUAACCUUGAAGUAUAAUUUGGAAAUGUUUUCAAUGGAUCACAGUAUCAAUGCAAUAAAUUUGUCAGCUAAGUUUGUGUUUUUAGUUUCUCCAGACUUUAUGUGUCUAUUUUAUUGUGAGGCAUUUCAUUAUGGUUAGAUUUUAGCAAGUAUGCAACUUCAUAUAGCAUCAUUGUGAUUAUUAUUGACCGGUGCAGGUGUAACUCUUAUGAAAAUGUGUUUAUCACUUUUGCCCAUAUAUUAUUAGUCUGUUCAAAUGUUUUUUUUUCUUUUUGUACAUGCAUACAUGCAAUAAAAAUUCGAUUCUAUUUUGGCAAGUGAUUUCAAUCUUCAGCUGUGUUCCAAGUUAUCUAAUUCAGUCUGGCAGUGCUUACUAUUUUCCUCAGUGAUUUUGUGUUGUACUUUUGUAAUGUCACGAGUAACUUACAAAAUAAGCCUCCCCAUUGUAAAGUUUCUCUCUAACUGGUCUGAUUUUGUUCCACCCCAGCUGUGAACAUCUUUGUUACUGUCUGUUGCUCAAUACCAUGAGAAACAUCUCUAUGCUCAGC